AAAAUAUUUAAAUAUGUACGAUUUGUCAAUUUGAUAUUUUUUAGGUUAACUUUAUCAGUUGUAACAACCAUGGAAAUGAGAAAUUUAUUAACCGAUGGGCGGUGAUGAUUAUUUAAUUUUAGCAUAGAGUAUUACUCUAUGAAUUUUAGUCACGAUUAAAGAUAAUGGUAUCUAUAGCCGUGGUUACUGGUUAUCAAUUAAAUGAAUAUCAGCCAAUCUGUUUAAAAUUUAAAAUUCAAUAAUUAAAUAAUUUUUACUUUAUUAAAUAUUUUAAUAAUUAAUAUGAGUUUCUUAAUCAAACCUAAAUUAUCCUAGAGACUGAAGAAAUCUCUCAUUGAGUUUCAAAAAAGAAAGUUUGUCGAUACAUUCAACCCAAUCGGGAUUUGUGACUGACAGCUCCGUUUCAAAUCAUUGACCGCCAACCAAAACCUAAUAUUUUCGUGACUGUAUUCCUUCCGGAGAUAAUUUGUGAACUCGUAGAGACCUGUUCAACACGAAUAAUAAUGUAAUUGACUAGAGCAACGCACUCUGCGGCAGAGAGAUAUUUUCCGAUUUCUACAAGAAUCACGUUGGCGGCGAUUGGCACGAUGCAGCGACCCGCGGCGGAUAGUCUGGACAGCGGAGAUGACGUCGACUGCGAUUGGCCGGUGUGCGAAAAUUUGUUGCUAUCGUUGUCCGAAGACGUGCGGCCAACGGCGGUGGAGGUGUCGGUGGACGGUGACGCGGUGGCCUCCAACGUCCGACUGUGUCUGGCCGAACAGGUUGCGCCGGCUGCCGAGACGACGCGGCAGCUGCGGUUGCGGCGCAGGCUACUUCGGCGGUGGUCGGCAAACGGUGGCGGAGCGGUCACGGCGGCGGUGGCCGAGUCCAGGCGGAUGCAAGUUCGCCUGAUGACCGUGCCGUCAGCGUACGCGGCGGACGGCGAGUACUACGCGUCCGAAACGGCGUACGUGUCGCGUACGGUGGAAGAAUUGUCGUCGGGACCGUGGGCGGCGGAACCACCGGUCAACGGCUACACGUACACCGCAGGCACGGUGCACUACGACAGCGAUACGGGCGCGUGUCAUCUUCACGGGUUCACUGACCGGCGGGCCCGGGUAACCGUCGAUUGCGCCCUUUUGACGACUGUCCUGCCCCGGCAACGGACCACCGUCAAGAUGUACUCCACGCUCCGAUCGCCGGCUACCGACGACGCGGGCCCUCCCGUUCUGGUGCCGCACCACUUCCAAGUGUUCUCGCGCGACUUACUGUUCCGCUGACGCACGUAUCACAUAUUAUAAUCAUCACAGUAUCAACGUGCAAACCCACAGUUAUGUGCUUCGAUCCAGAAAUGUCCGUCUACUAAUAUUAUAUUAUAAGUACCUUAUACCUAUUAUAUUUGUUAAUAUUAUUUUUUUGCUAUUAUACUUACCUAGGUACUACGAAAUAUGUUAUACAUUUUAUAAGUGCAUUAGGUAUGAACAUAAUAAUUUAUAACUAAUAAUUCGCUCAUCACUGUAUACAAUUCGAUUAAUACACAUAUAAUAUU